AUGGCUUCUGACGACGACUAUGAGGAUUCUAAUCCCGUCGCAGAGGAGAAGGUCCUUAAGGAUUUAAUAAAAAAGAGGGGCAUAGAAAAAUGUAAAUUAACACUUUUCAAAAAAUUUCUAGCAAAAUUGGACCCCAAGUCUUUAUCAGCAGAAAAUUACCUAGAUCUCGAAUUACGAGUAGAGAAACUGUCUUUAUUAAUCACAAAAUUUGAAAGUUUACAGGAUAAAAUUGAAACUCUGACUACAAACAUUGAGCAGGAACUCGUAGAACGGGAAUCAUUCGAGAAUGGCUUCUACGAGUCCAUGGCCAAGGCAAAGGGGUAUUUACGAGGGCAUACCCAGGCUUCAUCCAACACCGCACAAGGUGACACCUCACAGGCAAUGCUCACAUCCGAACUUGUUGAUAUCAAGUUCCCUGAAAUUUCUUUACCAACAUUCACCGGAAGUGUGCUCCUUACCUUGCAACUCGAUGCUUACAGCAGCUGGCGGAAGAGAACAAACACUUGUACCCGACCGCGGCCACAGUCAUCACUUCUGAUUUCUAUAUGGAUGACUUAUUAUACGGGGGCGAUAACGAGCUUCAAGUAUUACUGCACGCAGGACCGCAACUGUUAUUGUCAUCACUGCGUGAACAGUACUGGCCUAUACACGUUACAGCAAGUACAACAAGAUUUCUGGCGAAGGUGGUCUAGAGAUUAUAUCGGACUGCUGCAGACACGUUCCAAGUGGAGAAGUUCCAAGGGCCAUGGUCUCCGCGAAGGCGACGUAGUCCUCGUGAAGGAAGACGGGCUGCCCCCGAGCCACUGGAGGCUUGGACGCAUCACCAACUGCUGCCGGGGGAAGGACGAGCAAAGCGGCGAUGCAGCAGCAUGGGCGGCCGCGAUGAGCCCGCCGCUCCGCUUGCAGCCGGCACCUGCGCUACCUACCUCGACGCUGGCACUCAUGGGAGUGGAACGCGGUAACGUGGCAGUGGCGGCGGGCGCAGCCGGCGCGGCGGUUGCGAUCAACGGAGCCGCCGCGCCGCUGGGCGCCGAGCCGCCGCGCAAGCGCCCCAAGCUGGCCUCCGACGACUCGGCCGCGCUGCGGAAACGUAUCCUCGAGUACAAGCUGCUGCGGCUCAAGUCCUUGCGCGACAGGUUCACGGAGCAGCUGAGCGAACUAUACUUCCUGCAGGCGGGCGGCAACAUGAUGGACUACACCGCGUGGCACAAGCGGCCGGCCGCGCCGCAGCUGCUGGCGUUCCUAGAGGCGCGGCGGCCGCCGCCGCUGGCGCCGCCGCCGCCCGACCCGCCGCCCGCAGCCGCGCCCGCCCCCGCCGCCGCCGCCGCCCCCGCCGCCGCCGCUCCCGCGCCCGACGAGGUGGUGGAGAAGGCCAAGCAGGAGGCGUACGUGGCGCGCCGCGUGGCCGAGCUGGCGCGCGCCGGCCUGUGGACCGAGCGCCGCCUGCCGCGCGUGCUCGAGCCGCCGCGGGCCAAGAGCCACUGGGACUAUCUGCUCGAGGAGAUGGCGUGGUUAGCACAAGACUUUGCCCACGAGCGCAAGUGGAAAAAGCAAGCCGCUAAAAAGUGUGCUCGUGCGGUUCAGAAAUAUUUUCAAGAUAAAGCUGCAGCAGCUCAAAAGGCAGAAAAAGCUCAGGAAUUGCAACUGAAAAAAAUUGCUGCUUUUGCUGCAAAAGAAAUAAGGUUGUUUUGGACGAAUGUCGAAAAGCUGGUGGAGUGGAAGCGCGAGCGGCGCGUGGAGCGCGCGCGUAAGGAGGCCCUGGACGAGCAGCUGAGCUACAUCGUGGACCGCACCGAGCGGUACUCGCGCCAGCUGGCCGCCAACCUGCGUCGCCGCGCCGCGCCGCCGCCGCCCGACCACUCGCCGCCGCUCUCCGACUACGGGCCCGACGCCGACGACUCGGCCGACGACGAGGGCACCAUCGCCGAGCAGGAGCGCCGCGAGCGCCCCGAGGACACCGCCGCCGAGUUGGACGCGCUGCGCCAGGAGGCCGAGCUCGGGCUCGACGAGCUCGUGCGCCGCUACGCCGAGCACCCGCCCACAGACGCCGGCGAAGCGGCUGGCGCCACCGACACCGACACGGAUACCGACAGCGGCGACUCGGACGACGAGCCCGCCUCCGCCUCCGACUCGGAGGACACCGACGAGAGCGAGCCUCGGCCGCUCGAGGCGCUGGUGGGCGCGCCGGAGGAGGCGGGCGCGGAGGACGCGGGCGAGCGGCGCGUGGAGGCGUGCGCGUCGCUGGCGGCCGCGCUGCAGCCCACCGGCACCACGCUGGCCGACACGGCCGUGGCCACGCCCGUGCCGCGCCUGCUGAAGCACCCGCUGCGCGAGUACCAGCACGUGGGCCUGCACUGGCUCGCCACCAUGCACGCGCGCCAGCUCAACGGCAUCCUCGCCGACGAGAUGGGGCUCGGCAAGACCAUUCAGACGAUCGCCUUGCUGGCGCACCUCGCGCUCGAGUCCGGGGACUGGGGGCCCCACCUCGUCGUCGCGCCCACUUCCGUGGUGCUCAAUUGGGAGAUGGAGUUCAAGAAGUGGUGUCCGGCGUUCAAGAUUCUCACUUACUACGGCACCAUCAAGGAGCGGAAGCUCAAACGGGUCGGAUGGACGAAGGCCAAUUCGUUUCAUGUCUGUAUAACCUCGUACAAACUCGUGGUGCAAGAUCACCAAAGCUUUCGACGGAAACGAUGGAAAUAUCUCAUUCUCGAUGAAGCGCAGAAUAUCAAAAAUUUUAAGUCUCAAAGAUGGCAGAUGUUGCUAAAUUUUCAAACUGAGAGGCGGCUGCUGCUGACGGGCACGCCGCUGCAGAACAGCCUGCUGGAGCUGUGGUCGCUGAUGCACUUCCUGAUGCCGGCCGUGUUCGCCAGCCACUCGCACUUCCGCGAGUGGUUCGCGGACGUGGCCGCCGCCGCCGAGGGCGCCGCGCGGAACGACGCGCUCGUGCGCCGCCUACACGAGGUCCUGCGGCCUUUUCUGUUGCGGCGUCUGAAAGCCGACGUGGAACGUCAGAUGCCGCGCAAAUACGAACACGUGCUGCUCUGCCGCCUUUCGAAACGCCAACGGUUUCUCUACGACGACUUUAUGGCUCGCGCUAAGACCAAGGAGAGCCUCGCGUCCGGCAACCUGCUGAGCGUCAUCAACGUGUUGAUGCAGCUGCGCAAGGUGUGCAACCAUCCCGACCUGUUCGAGCCGCGGCCGGUCGUGUCGCCGCUGCAGCUGUCGGCGCUGCGCCUGAUCGUGCCGGCCCUCGUGCUGUGCCCCGAGCCCGCCGAGCGCGUGCUGCUCGCGGCGCGCCUCGCCGGGGACCUCGCGUCGUUCGAGCUGGCCGGCGCCGGCGCCUUCGCGGCGCACCGCGCGCGCCACCUGGCGCCGCCGCGCCGUCUCGUGGAGGAGCUGGCGGCGCCGCGCUCGCCGCCGCGGCCGCCGCCCGCUCGCCUGCGCCUGCACCUGCGGCUGGUGCCGCGCGCCGCGCCCGCGCCGCCGCCCGGCGCCGCGCCGCCGCCCGCCCUCGCCGCCCGCCCGCCGCGCGCCCCGCGCCCCGCGGCGCCGCCGCGCCCGGCGCCGCCCGCGCCCUCGGCGGCGGCCGAACGGCUCGAGGCGCGCCGCCGCGCCUGCCUGCGGCGGUUGGCCGCCGCCAACGAGCGCCGCUGCUGGCGCCUCCCGCUCUACGGCGCCGAUCUCCGAGCGGCCGUGGCCGCGGGUGGCCCGCCGGUGCCACCGCGAGACAUCCGGGACGUGCUCGACGACAUGAGCGACAUCAUCGACAGGUUCUCGCUGUGCUGCGCGGGCGCGCGCGCGGCGGCGCCGACGCUGGUGGCGGGCGCGGGGCGCGGCGCACGCGCGUGGCGGCUGCGGGCGGCGCGCGCCGAGCUGGCGGCGCGGGCGCCGGUGGCGGCGGCGCGGGCGCUGCUGCACGCGCCCGCCGCGAGGCACGCCGUGGCCUUCCCGCACCCCAGGCUGCUGCAGUACGACUGCGGCAAGCUGCAGACGCUGGCGGCGCUGCUGCGGCGGCUGAAGGCGGGCGGGCACCGCGUGCUGAUAUUCACGCAAAUGACGCGCGUCCUCGACGUGCUCGAGGCUUUCCUCUCGAUGCACGGCCUCACGUACCUGCGCCUGGACGGCGCGACGCGGGUCGAGGCUCGCCAGCCGCUCGUGGAGCGCUUCAACUCGGACGCGCGCGUCUUCGCCAUGAUCCUGUCCACGCGCUCCGGCGGCGUCGGCCUCAACCUCACCGGCGCCGACUGCGUCAUAUUUUACGACUCUGAUUGGAACCCGACAAUGGAUGCGCAGGCACAGGACCGGGCGCACCGCAUCGGCCAGACGCGCGACGUGCACGUGUUCCGGCUCGUGACCGCCUGCACCGUCGAGGAGAACAUUCUGCGGAAGGCCGAGCAGAAGCGCGCACUCGGGCACCUCGCCAUCGAGGACGGACACUUCACCACGUCGUACCUCCGUCAGGCAAACAUCAAGGAGCUUUUCACCGGCGAAAACGGUGCGGAGGUGGCGGUCGAGGUGGAGAGCGAGGAGAGCGGCGGCGGCGGCGCGGUCGGCGGCGAGCUGGAGACGGCGCUGGCCGCCUGCGAGGACGAGGCCGACGCGGCCGCGGCCCGCGCCGCGCGUGCCGAGCAGCGCCGCGAUCUCGCCGAGUUCGACGAGACGCUGCCGCUGGACGAGGACGCGGCGCCCGCCGCCCCCGCCCCCGCCGCCGCCGCCGCGCCCGCCGCCAAGCACACGGCGCCCUCCACGCCCGCGCGCUCGCCCUCGCGCGCCGCCGACGCCGACCCCGACGCCGGCGAGUUGGCCGCGCUUAUGAAACAGUUGACACCGAUCGAGAAGUAUGCGAUGCGGUUGGUGGAGAGCAGCGAUACCGCGUCAGAGGCGGAGCGCUCGGCGCUGGCCGACAUGCGGCGGCAGCUGCGCGACUGGGAGGACAAGCGGCGCCGCCUGCGCUCGCCGUCACCCGCGCCCGCGCCGGCCGCCCGCGCCUCGCCCGACCUCACGUACAGCCGCGACGACGCGCGCGCCAAGGUAUGGGUGAGCGGCGGCCCCGCAGGCGAGCGCAUGCCGGUGUGGUGCCCGCCCACGCCGCCUGCCGCCGACACGGACGUGUACUGCGAGUCGUGGGCCCGCGUGCUGUACCGCGCCGGCGCCGCGCCCGACGCCGCCCUGCCGCCCGUGCACCGGCGCGAGGCGCGCGUCCGCGAGCCGCGCCGGCGCCUGGGCGCCCGCGCCGCUGCCGCGCCCCCCUCCAUGUUCGAGCGAGCCGGGCCCCGCCCGCGCCCGCGCCCACGCCCGCCGCCGCCGGCGCAGCGCGACGCACCCGCCGCGCUCGACUGGGCGGCGCCGGAGGACGCAGCGCUACGACGCGCGCUGCGCUUGCAGCGGCUACCGCCCGACCCGCCCGCUGCCGUCACGCCCAAUUGGGAGUGGGUCGCCGAACUCGUCAACGAGACCGCCCGCGCCUAUCGCUCGGCUCGUCAGGCGCGAGACCGCCACGACGCUCUCGCCGAUCCGGAGCGCGCGCGGCGUAAACACAAGAAGCCGGCGAGCGCCCGCCGCCGGCCCGACGACGACGCGCCCCGGCCGCCGCUCGCGCGACUCGACGCGAUGCGCGAGGCCGCCGAGCGCCGGCGGGCGCAGCCGAAGCGCCGACUCGACGACACCGCUCAUCAUAAUCCUAAGCACGCGGCUCUACUCGCCGAUCACGGAGUAGAUUACGAAACUCCGCCGACUCCGAUGGAGGUAGCGACGCGCCGCGCCGAACGCAUAGCCAAAGAGAAGCUGAAGGCGGGCGCGGCGCCGAGCGCGGCUCCCGGGCCGGCGCCGCCCAGCGCGCCGCCCGCCGCGCCGCCGCAGCGCAUCGUGGUGGCGGCG